CAAUAUUCUUCUCCCUCCACAAUACCUUACCAUUUAAGUGCAGGACGGAGUCCUUUGGCUUCAGUAUAACUCUUAAAGUUUCGAAGUGCAGCAUUUCUUCUUGAGUGGGAUUUCGGUCAAUCUUAAAUUUGUGUUUUGAGAACUUGUUGGACAAACAAAAUUUUGCAAUAUGCCACGACUUGUGUCACGAGCAACUACAAGGAAACACAUCAUGAGGGAAGUGUAUGACUACUCACCACCUGCCGAAAAUCAGCAAAUAGUGAAAAUAACGGCAAGCAAAGGGAACAAUCUACACGAAAUAGAGACCGCAGAUAAAACCAGAUUUCUUGUGUCCAUGCCAAUGAGAUACCGCCACUACAUGUGGGUUAAACGUGGUAGUUUCGUCAUAAUACAACAUAUUCAGGAAGGUGUUAAGGUCAAAGGUGAAAUUGUUAGAGUUUUGAUCACCCAACAUAUAAAGUAUUUCAAGAAAGACGAAAUAUGGCCUGCUGCGUUCUAUGAAAAACCAGAAUUGGAGGAAAGUGAUGAUGAUAACGACGAUGAUAUCCCAAUGAAUACUAACAGAGUACAAGCAAUGAUCGAAAUCUCCAGUGGCAAUGAUUCUAGUGAAGAUGAUCCCAGUGACGGUGAUCAAAGCGACGAUGAUAGUGUUGGUGAAACGUAA